AUGGAUAUUCCAGAAUUUAGAGCAUCGUGUAAACUUAAUGGACAUAAUUCAAAUGAAUAUGCAUGUCACACAUGUGACAAACCAAGAGAUGGUUUAUUUAUUUGCCAUUCAGGUACAUUAACAAAACAAGAAGAUAUUACAAAUUUUCACUCCACCAAACCAAAUUAUGCUGAAUUAAAUGCUGAUAUAGAAUUAAAAAAAAUAUGGGAAAAAAAAGCAAAAGAUAUUGGUAUCAAAGGUGUGGGCAGAGGGUGGGUCGAACCUUUGUCCAUUAAUUAUUUAAAAACACAACCAGACAUAUUACAUAAUAUUUUAUUAGGUGUCGCACAAAGAUGUUUAUAUUACAUUUUUGAUAAAUAUAAAAAUAAAAUUGCAAAUUUUUUAAAUAAUUUAAAAAAUGCAAAAAUAAUAGAUAACAAACCAAAACCAUCAAUUUCACUAUUUGCAAAUAAAACAAGGAAAGGAAGAGAGAGUAGAUCAAUAUUAUAUUACCUUUUAAUAUCAAUUAAAAAGCAAAUAUCAAAUGAUGAUUUUUUAAUUAUGGAACAAUUGGUAACUAUAUGUUUUAAAUUAUAUAGUUACUCUUUUGAUGAAAAUGAUUUAAAUUAA